AUGUCUGCGCCGCAAAUACCAAAUCUGCUCUCCCUGCGAGGUGGUCGCGGGGGCCGAGGCGGCGGUCUUCGCACUCGGCGAGGUGGCGGUCCCGUCGUUGCGGGCGCCGACCACGAUUCCACGAUUCAAGGCACAGAUACGGAUGCCGCCGUCUCGCGACUCAGUGCCGUCGAUGCCGGGUAUCUAGAGGAUCCGUAUGCGGCCUUUUUCGUUUCGCGCAUGGACGGACUGCCGCAGAGAAGGUUUCCCAUCAUUAACCGUGGCACUUAUACGCGGACGUCAGCCCUUGACAGACUUGUUCAGUCCUUCUUAUCGCCUGCGGCAGGAGAGUCGGCCGCGUCAACUGAGCGACAGAUUGUCUCUCUCGGAGCCGGCACCGACACUCGCCCAUUUCGCCUCUUUGCGGGCGCUGGCCCGCAUCAGAAACUCACAUACCAUGAACUGGACUUUGAUGUGACGAGUCGCAGGAAGCUCCAAAUCGUACAGGGAAACCGGCAAUUCUCCCGAAUAGUGACCAACUCGGCGGUCAAAAGCGCGCAAACAUGGACGGCGCAACCCGCGCACGGCGCUGGCGAGUACUACUGCCACGGCGUGGACCUGCGGGAGCUCGACCGCAGCAUCACCGAGCCCCUCGACGGUCUCCGCACCAAUGUACCGACGUUGGUCUUAUCAGAGUGCUGCCUGUGCUACCUCCAAGUGGAAGAGGCGGAAAGAGUGCUGCGUUACUUUACGUCGAGGAUCGCCAAUGUCGCCGCCAUCAUCUACGAGCCCGUGCAUCUCGACGACGUCUUUGGCAAGACCAUGGUGUCCAACCUUGCGGCGCGCCACAUCCACAUGCCGAGCAUGGACCGCUUCCGAAACGCCGGGGACCAGGUGCGGCGGCUGCGCGACGCCGGGUUUCGCGCCGCCGAGUGCCAGUCGAUCGAGUCCAUCUGGGAGUCGUGGAUCGACGCCGCGGAAAAGGAGCGCGUCGACCAGCUGGAGGGCCUGGACGAGGUCGAAGAAUGGAAGCUGCUUGCGGGGCAUUAUGUUGUAGUUUGGGGCGUUCAAGGUGAAGGGCUCGGAACUCUGCUUCCCGCCGAGGACAUGAGCAGCGGCUAA